CUGCGCCUGACUGUGUGAUCUGCUUCAACCCUUCUUCUGCUCUUGCAUCCUCUUAUUCUUCUGCGUCGUCCUCAGUCAAGCGUCAGUCGCUUCUCCGUCACCAUCGUUUGCAGUUUUGUUGAGCGCAGUAUCCCCGUCACUCGCUUUGUUUACCCUCUCCGACUCUCGCUGGACCCUGCCGAUAAUCUAUCAGCCGAUCUGCAUGUUUCAGGCCCGCUGGCCUAAAAAGAACGCCCGCCUUCUGCAGUUCCAUCGUCUUGUCAAUCUCUGGGCACCUUUCCCAUCACCAUUGACUGCAUUGUCCACUUAAUCUCGAUCGCUCGACACAUUACAUCUUACACUACCUGAAGGAUUAACCACCUUCCCUGCGACGGGUCCCACGUCGAUCGGACCCUGAAUUUUGCCAAGGGGGAUUCACUCGACCCCUCUUGUUUUAACCACUCUCUUCAACCUCUGUCGACACAGCUUAAACAAUAACCAUGCGGUUCCUAUACCUUCUUCCUGCCUUGUGCAUACUCUUCUUGCUAGGAACAAUCUCAUCAGCGUUCCCAUCUCCUGGAGAGGAAUUGGCGCACGGCCAGUUUCUGCGGCGAGCUGACACCACGGCCGCCGAAAGUGCUACCACUGGACAAGCCGCCACGACGGGCAAAAGUGCAGCAAAAACUGAUUCAGCUACCGAUUCGGCCACUGACUCCGUCACGGAAACCGCUUCAGGGACGCAAGCAACAGGCAAAGCCACCGGUACUGCGACCGGGACCGCGACCGGGACCGACACGAACAGUGGCACUGAGACGGGAUCCUCGUCAUCCUCCACCAAGAAGGGCAGCACGAAGACGACAUCGAGCAACUCGACGACCACCAAUGCCUGGGCGGGUGGUAUUUCGAUGUUGACGCCCGCGACGACCAUUACGACAUACUACAAGAUUGGCAAUGCUGCCACGUUUGCGUGGAACUAUACCUCGCUGGACGUGACCCCGACGGCAGUUAAUGUCAUCGCCUCGUGCAGUCUGAACAGUCACAAGUACACGAUCACGCAGAACAUGACCGUUAAGGAGACCAACAAGGUCGUUUGGGAUACGGGAGAGUACAAGGCCAAUGCGACGGUUCCGCUGUUGACCGCAUCGUACACGCUGAUCGUCUGGGAUGCCAGUAAGGCGAUCUCGGACACGGCCAAGGGUGGUCAUCUCAGCGCCGCCAGUUACACGUUCGCCAUGUACACUCCGCAGGCGUACACGCCCCUGACCGGAUUUGUAUGCGCUACUUGCAGCGGUGCCCUAUCAGAAAUCGAACGACAAUGUCUCAAGUUCGUGUUCGGCAUGGUCCUCAUUACAAUUACCACCUUCACCUGGUUCGCUGGCGAUUUUGGAGUUUUCUCCACAUAGUGGGACAGCUAUGGGGCCCAUCUGUAUCGAUGUUAUGAAAGCAAUCUCUUCUUCCUCCGUUUCUGUCCAAAGACUCAGCUCGCAGCAAAACAAAUGUAUGUAAUCCUGCAUCAUGUCGCCGGUUGUUGGUUGUUGAUUUAUGCAUUCAUCAAAGCGAAGGGUUUUUGUUCCACCAUUUUUUUCAUGAAUAAUAGCGAUAUUUUUGACUUUUCCUGAUGGCUCCUUCUCCAGGUCAUGUUGUCUCGGUUGGCGAGUUUUCGUUCUUCUUGACUGUGUUAUCUCUUAAUGUGUAUUGUUGGUAUUAGAUUGAUGAUAGGUCUUUUGAGAUGUUGGUUAACAGGUGUGCAUUUUCUGUAUCCCAGCGAAUUCUAUUGUAGAGGGGGCUGUAAAUAUGAAGUACUAUCGGAAAG